AUGUCAACAGCAGCAACACAACAACCUCCCAACAUCCCCCCUAGACCUACCAGGAGUCAGGAUCGGGAUCAGGCUGGCGGCGUCCCCAAGAUCCCACCUCGCCCGAUCAACCGACGUGUCCAGCGAUCAGUUUCGCCAAAUCCCGACCGCUUUGCCCCGUCACCCCUCAACGACAGCCCCUUUCUAUCCAAGAGCCCGAACUCGACACGCAACGGCUACCUAAACGACGGCCGCAAUGGCGACCCAAUUGAGCGCUCCGGCAGCGUCGAGAUGCCCUCUAUGGUCGGCGAGGAGGGCAAGGAAUACGCUGCACUGGCCGAGGAGCUCAGCUCGUCUCGGGACCAGAGUGCAUCUCCAGAACAGACGAGGACCGUUGGUGAGGACGUCAAGCUACAUGCACCAAAGCCUUCAUUGCCGCCUAUGAGCGCCAAGCAACGCGUCAUGGCGGUCACCAGGACCGAUUCCGACAAGGCGGCUUCGUUUGGUAUUGGCCGGCCUAGCAGCGAGGAUCCUGUUCCAUCGAACCGCAGCCUCAAGAAGAAGGCCAGCACCAUCAGUCAGCUGUCCACUAGCGAAAACGUCGAUGAUGAGCAGGGCAUCCCUGAGAUUGGCCAGCAAGUGCCAAUGUACCCCAACGCUGGUGACGUGCAGGCACCAUCGCCAGCUCCCGGCUCUGAGGGCUACAGGAAACACCACAAGAGGAAGAGCAGUGCUCGCGGUCUGCCUCCCGGCAGCUAUGGUCUCCAUGGCCAUGGCGUCGUUCCUCAAGACAAGCUUGAACGAGCAUACUUUGAGAAGCACCCUGAGUUGCUCAAGAAGGAGCGCCACCCUCAUCACCACGACCGCCCCUACGACUUCUCUAUGAGCAGCGACGAUCUCAACAAGAUCGUCCGCAGCGAAUCUGGUCCACAUGACGCUGCUGGCACUCCCGGCGAGCAGAUUGAAUGGAAAGCUUACGAGCAGACCACAUCCCGCAUUACUUCUCCUCGUCCGCCCUCGACCAAGCCCGAAAAGGCCUCAUCCCUCCGGCGCUCUUCUGGCCCUGAGAUCUCCGUCUCAGAUGCCGACGAGGAGAAGGAGGUCAUCCAUAUUGAUGAGCCGGAACGCCGUAAGAGCGUUGUCUUCAGUGACGAGGAGCUGGCUGAAGAUGAGGAAGAUCAUCCCUACACUGCACCGAUUAUCGCCGAAGAUGCCAAGCAUGAGUCGCCUUUUGAGAACGCGCCGGCCGUAGACCCUCCCAGGGAGCGACGUGGAAGUGCCUUUGAAAUGGAUCCACCUCACAGCCGUCCGACAAGCCGACCUUCAAGUAUUUACCGCGUUGAGUCGUCAGAGCCCAAGCCGUCUACACUCGAGGACGUCGAGGAGUACGAGCCCCUAUUCCCUGAGGAGGAGAAGAGCGGAAAGAAGCCAACCGCUGCGGAGGUGGCCAAGGCCAAGCUUCUGAAGCAGAGGUUCCCUAGCCGAGAUAUCUGGGAAGAUGCCCCUGAUAGUGUGCACUACAGCGCCGAAGUCUCAACACCUGAACUACCGGAAGAGGCCGAGAAAGAGAAGGCAUUAGAACACCCUAUGGAUAUUCCACCCCGAGAUGGCGAAACUCCUGCACAGGCUUUCGCACGCCAUCAAGAGGAGCUCGCGGAGAAGGAAUCGAAAAAUUCGGAAAGUUUCCUCCAUAGGCAACAAAAACCGACCUCUUGGGCUCAGCACCGCCUUGCUCAAGAAACAGCCUCAUCUCGCCCUUCCAUGGCUCAGAGAUUUCCGAGUCAAGAUGUAUGGGAAGACACCCCUGACAGUCUGAAGCUUGAGACCACUGUCUCGACGCCACAGCUAGAGGACUCACCCCAGCCCGAAAGCCCACAGCAACCUCAAAGGGCUGCAAAGCCCGCGAUUCCAGAGCGACCCAAACCCAAGUCUCCCGAGGAAACCUCAAAACCUAUCAUACCAGACCGGCCUAAGCCACAAGUUCCCGCUCGCCCACGCAAGGCGUCGACUUCAGAAACCAAGGAAGCUGCUGCUCCUGCUCCUAAGCCAAAGCCCGCAGUCCCCGCACGGCCGAUGGGCAGUAAGAUUGCAGCGUUGCAGGCCGGUUUCAUGUCCGACUUGAACAAGAAGCUGGGACUGGGACCGCAAGCCCCGAAGAAGGAGGAACCCGCGGCAGAAGACCUCAUUGAGGAGAAGGAGAAGGCGCCGCCACUGCAAGACGCUCGCAAGGGCCGUGCUCGAGGACCUCAGCGACGAGCCCCCGCGGCCACAAGCCCCAGCCCGGCCGCUGCGACUCGGUCAGAAGCUCCCGCGCCUGCUGAGAAGCCUAGACUUAGCUUCGCAACGACAGUGACGGUCUUCACGAUAGAUCCUGACGAGGGUAGUAUAAGCGUGACGGAGGCCAUUGCCGACUCGGAACCUCUUGUCGGAAGCGAGACGAAGGAGCCUGAACUGCCGAAGGAAGCUGAGUCAAAACCAGAAGCAAAUGUGGAGGCCCAGCCGGAAGACACAUCCGAACCGAAACAGAACGACCCUGUGGAGGAGAAGACGGAGACCCUGGCAACCAACACUGCAGGCGAGACUCUUGUGGAGGCGACUGUCGAAGAGGACAAGGACCAGACCGUGGAGCCGACGGAGGUUGAUCCUAACACAGCGAAGGAGUAA